AUGUUUCAAGCAGCAAUAAUACUUUCUCAACAAUAUAAUAUAACGAUUGAAACACAAUUCAUUGGUUGGCAAUCAAUACAAACUGGACGUGAUGGGACGAAUGCUCUUAGUAAUACAUGUUCAGUAAUAUCUACUUCAAAUAUUGUUGGUAUGGUGGGACCAGAGUUUUCAAGUGAAUCUCUGUUGAUUGCUCCUUUUGCUGCAAAGAUUGGUAUUCCAGUUAUAUCACAUGCUUCAACCGAUCCAGAAUUAUCUGAUCGAAGUACUUAUUCUGUUUUUCAUCGUACAGUCCCAUCAGAUAAUAUAGCUGCAUCCACAAUUGUCGAUCUUUUCAUUCGAUUUAAUUGGACAUCAUGUAUUAUUAUCUAUCAAAAUGAUGCGUGUGGAUCUGG